CCGCGGUGCCGGAAGUGUUUAGCCGUGUUAGCAUCAUGGUUGCAUACAUCGGCGAGUUCAAGCACCCACAUUCCUUCACUGAAUUCUAGUUCUUCGUGUUCCAUGUAUGUCAGCUACAGCGAAAUUAGUUAAACACGCACAUAACGUAAACAUAAAAACGCCAACGGGAGCGACAUUUAUCGCCUCCAUGGACUGAGUUUUUGACUGUAACUAACAUGGCGGCGAAUCCUCCAGGACAAGGCUUUCAGAACAAGACCCGGGUGGCCAUCCUUGCGGAGCUGGACAAGGAGAAGAAGAGGCUACUGCAGACUCAUUCAAUGAACAGUCCCGGGGCCAACAUCCCUCUGACCUCAAGACCGAGUGUAAAGGACGUGAGAGACAGCGCGGAGCAGCAGCACAUCGCCGCCCAGCAGAAGGCAGCCUUGCAGCACGCCCACGUCCACUCGUCCGGCUUCUUCAUCACUCAGGACUCUUCGUUUGGGAACCUCAUCCUCCCGGUGCUCCCCCGCCUGGAUCCCGACGUUUGACUCUCGCACGUCCCGUUUAAUACUGACCACGGUCCAGUGGACGUUAGCAAAAACUCACAUGCAAAACCAACCAUUUUGUUGUAUUUGUCUUUUAUACAACUGGCGUCCUGUAUCAGUGGUAGAAGCAGCAAAACAAUAAAACCGUGGUAUUUGAA